GGGAAACUGGAAUUGACUCUUGCUCAGAAGGUAAACAUUUUACUUUGUCAUAUUAUGCACACACAUACAAAACUUUAAGAGAAGCUUAUUAAAGUUUUUUUAACAAACAUUGGUCUGCCACUUUCACAUCAGCACUCAAAUUAAAAAUAUUCAAUUUUGACAGAUUUUAAGCAUGUUAUAUAUUCUUAGCCUGUUGGUGUCUAAAUAUUCCACAGACAACCUCGAAUUCCAAUAAAUAGCUCACACUCCUCUGAUAAGCAAACAUUCCGAUGACAACCCCCACAUUCCUAUGACAAACCACAUUGCAAUGGCAAACCCACAUUUUCAAAUGACAAACUCACAUUCCAAUGACAAGCCCACUUAUUCCUCAGUCUCUAGAACAGGCCAGGACAAAGGGUCAGCUUGAAGAGAUGAUUGAAGCCAAAGUUAAACAAGCCGAGGACAAACUGAAACACAGGAAGCAGAUCAUGGCCAAAAUCCUUGGACUCAUGCCAGCCAACCUGGCAAUCAUGCAAACCUCUGCCCUGGGAAGCCCUGGGUCACGCAAAGACCUUUACAAGGUGGCACUGUUACUCAGGGAAGCCAACAAGAUUAAUCAGCAGCUUAAAACAAAUCUUGUGAGUCUGAAACCGUAAUGUAACGCUUAAGUGUUAAUUUAGGACUCGGUGUCUUAUUGUAGCACUAAGUGUCAUUGUGGGACAAUCUAUGUAGUGUGUUGCUAAAAUUAAUUAAAUAUAAUACAAUUCUUUUAUACUGCAUCUCUUCCCUUUUAUGCUGUUAAAAAAAAAAAGAAGAGAAAGAACGCUUUCAUUAAAAUAUUCUUGAUGUUACCAGUAUGGACUCAUAGUGUGCUACACAGUAAAUUGUUUGUUAAGCUUGAUUUGAUCAAAUUCCCAAGGGUUGAGCCUUGCAUGGCCCCUGUAACUAAUCGAAUGUGUCCGGUUUCUUCAAUGACGCAUAGUCUUAAAAUAUUCAGAUCCGGGAAUUCUCCCUGUUCUUAAAAAAUAUUUUUUUAAAUUGCUUUAGAGGAAAGUACAUUUUCCUAUCACAUGCUCUGAACAGAUGUUUUAAAUGGUUUUUCUUUAAAGAUAUUUAGUCACGGCAGAAAACCAUACAGUUUAAACUGCCUAUUAUUUAAUUGUUUAAAAUUGCCUAUUGUUUUUUUAAUGUCUUGAAAUAGAAUUUUAGUCAUUUUUCAUUCUUUUUGUACCUUCCCUUGUUCAGUGGGGUGAAAAAAAAAAUGCUGUAGCUUUCUCAACUAAACCUAAUGUGUCAGAGGGUGGGCAGCGAAACAACACCUUAGUCGAGCUAUGGUCUUUUUUUGUGGUGGUUUGUUUCAUGGUCUCAUAGUUGUUUGAUAGUCUUAUAGCUGUUUUGAUUGUCUCAUUGUUGGUUGGUCAUGUCACAGGUGUUUGCUAGAGACGAUGUCCAGUCUGAGGAUGGAAGUGGCUCAGUCCACACACAGAUCAGAGUGACCAACACAAGACACAGGAUGUUCACUUUGUGGCCUGUGGCAAAGUUUGAAGGGAAAUUGGCCCAGAUGAGAGAUUUAUAUGAGGUAUUUAUAUUGACCCAAAUGAGAGAUUUGUAUGAGGUAUUUAUAUUGGCGUGGAUCAGAGAUUUAUACGAGGUGGAUCAGAGAUUUAUACGAGAGAUUUAUACGAGGUAUUAAUAUUGACCCAGAUGAUAGAUUUAUAUGAGGUAUUAUAUUGACCCAGAUGAGAGAUUUAUAUGAGGUAUUUAUAUUGGCAUAGAUGAGAGAUUGAUAUGAGGUAUUUAUUUUUGCCCAGAGAAAAUUGGACUCGUAGAAAUCUCCAUUGCUAAGAAUUGCAUGAGACUUUGAAAUAUUAAAAUAUAUGCCAGUUAGAGUUAGAGUCAGCUGUACUUAAAUAAAUAUGACCUUUGUUUUAGAGCUGUAAUUUAUUGUUUAAAAUGUACACUCAAUUUGUUUGAUGUCUGCCUGACAGAAUGAAGACGGGACAUCAGCUGAUGAUGAAGUUUUUCAUGACCCCGAA